GAGACGCCGUGGCUGAGGCAGGCCUUGCGACGACGGCGUCGGCCUCCGAGCGCAGCCGAAGCGUGCGCCCCGAGGAGCCGGGCAUUCUUAGGAGAAUGGUUGGAGGAGGAGCGCAACUUCCGGAAAAUCCAGAUCGUGUCAAGUGCAACACUUUUUGUGGCAGAUUCAUCACAUCACAAAAGGGAUCCGCCCAGUGUCAAAGAUGAUGCUUGAGAUUGAGACUACAAUUAAGUUGAGGAUUGUGACUAGGAGCAGGAGGGUGCCACAGCCUUGGACUCAGGAUAAAGCUGGAGACUCGAGGACCCAGGCACACUCAGGAGAGUUUGACCAAGAGGCUGACAGCGAUCACAGGGCCCUCUGAGGCAGACUCAUUUCAGGUCCAAUGUGGAUUCACCUCACCGGUCAUCCAAAAGAUAAGUUGGGGGGCCACAGCCUGGAGAUGGGAUGAUAGGAGAGUAGUGGCUUGGAAAUUCCUAGACAGAUUUAAAAAUUUGCAGAGGGUGAAGAGAUGUCCUCUAAGGGGCCCCGUGGAACAGCUAAAGGGAGAGGCUCUGCUUUCGAUUGCAGCUGUAGGGUAUGCGGUGCAGAACAGUUCCGGUCUGUGUUGUGUUGUUCGGUGUCCUGUGUUACCUAGUGUGUCUUUGGGGUCCCUUGGAUCCAAUAUCUCUGCCUUCUCCCCUCGAGGCCCUUAGCAAAACCAUCAGCUGUCGUGUCUAGGUUCUCGAACGCUGGCGCUUCUCAGCAGGAUGCCAAUAUCAUUUGUUCUUUUACCGGCGGGCUCAGCCGCAUCUCGAGUCACAUCUCCGAAGCAUCGAGUCAGACGUCUUUUGAGGCCUGGUUCCCGGCUGUAUCAGCAUCCAUCCUUUCCAGCCGUGAGCUGUAAAGUCCUGGGGCACGUAAGAUUGCACGAUAUGGAGAACAUUCUAAACGUAGCAUUGUCUCACAGCCGCCUUGAUCAUCGUGACCAACAGGUCUUAUAACAGGUCACUCUGUUCCAGUCUUCUGCUCCUUAGAGGAGCUGUCUCCAUCCACUGUCCCCUGAGCAUCAGUCAUCUCUUUUGGCAUCCUCGUGGUCCUUGCCACUACUUAUUCUUGCCAGGAACUCUUUUCUCAUCAUUGUGUCACAAUUUGUAGUAUAAAGUGAUGUUUGUGUUUAGGGACCCCAUUGUUUGUCACGUCCCGUCCUGUGUCACGGGUGUCUGCACAUAUUUGUGCCGGAGCUGCUCUGCCCCGCUGCGUAGCCUGGUGCGAUAGGACCAGUCCCGGGGACUUGAACUUUGUAGCGUGGGCUGUAGUUGGACUCUAGGUGGUAUUCCUAGAUUGACACAAGAUGUUUGGAGCUGUGAAGGUAUCCUGCAGCCCUUUGACUUUUGUUCUAACUUUCUUUCAGAUGCAGAAGGAUAGAAUCCAUGGCGGAGCGCCCCAUUCCGGGUGCAGAGGUUCGGCCGAGCAGGAAGUCAAGCCGGAUAGCAGCAAUCAAGUUGAAGAGGGCAAGGCAGUCCACUCGGAGUGGCACCCGGGUAGCCUUUGGCAAUGGCGGAGGAGUUGCAGCGGACCCUGCGACGACAGCGUGGCCUCCGAGCACGGCGCAAUCGUGCCGCCCGAGGACCCGGGCAUUCUUAGGAGAGCGGAGACUACGAGACAACAGCCCAGUGACAGCAGGAACUUCCCAGAUGGCGAGGCGGCCUUGCUUUGCACCUGACACGGACCGGGUUCCCCAGAUGUCAGAGGUGCUGAUGCAUUAUAUCCUUGUCAGAGCGCCCCAUCCUGGGCUUGUGGGUUCCCCUGAGCAGGAAGUCAAGCCAGAGAGCAGCAGUCAAGGCCAAGUGGGCAAGGCAAUUGACUUUGCAUAUGUCCAGCCACCGCCACCAGCCAGCCCAUGCACCGGGUUUCCUGCACAUGUGGGCCUUGUGGAAGUAUUACAGGACUCUGCGAUGAAGCCUUUAAAUUUUCUCAUUCACUGUCCUAUCUCGGUAGCCAUCAGGACAGGCCAAGGAGUUGUGGCAGACCCUGCGACAACGGCGUCAGCCUCCGAGCACGGCCAAAGCGUGCGGCCCGAGGUCCUGGGCAUUCUUAAGAAUGUGCUGAUGCAUUAUAUCCUUGUCUGGGCACCCCAUCCCAGGCUCGUGGGUUCCCCUGAGCAGGAAGUCGAGGCAGAUAGCAGCAGUCAAGGCCAAGUGGGCAAGGCAAUUGACUCGGCAGAUGUCCAGCCCCCGUCACGCACUGGCCAAUGCACCGGGUUUCCUGCACAUGUGGGCCUUGUGGGAGUAUUACAGGUCUUUGCGAUGAAGCCUUUAAAUUUUCUCAUUCACCAUCCUAUCUGGGUAGCCAUCAGGGCCAGCCAAGGAGUUGUGUUGUCUCCGCUUAAUCUAGGCAGACCCUGCGACAACGGCGUCAGCCUCCGAGCACGGCCAAAGCGUGCGGCCCGAGGACCUGGGCAUUCUUAAGAAUGUGAGUAAGAUACAACAGCCCGGUGCCAGCAGGGACUGCUCAGAUGGCGAGGCUGCUUUCUUUUGCACCUGACACAGAUUGGCAUGCCCACCUGUCUGAGAGAUGAGUAGAGGGCUGCGACCCGCAGAGGGGAUGAAAGUGGGUUGCUGGGCUGGGACUCACCGGGAGGGAUUUUUGAGUCUGCUUUGGAGACGGAUGUGGAAGAAGUGGCCCCUUAGGCCAUGAAAAGGGAAAGUGUCACUUUUGAUCACAGUGCUGAGGUGCUCAGGGCAGAGCAGUCCCGGUGUGUCUCGUGUCACUUGUCCGUCGUGCAUUAUGUGUUGUUUGGGUAUCCCAUGUCACAGGUCUUUUUCCUUAGCCCUUUGAGGGGCCUGUCAGAAACCCAUGCAUCAUUCUUAGCAUCUGUGAUCUCUGCAUUCCUUGGCCUGGCAUUGAUGCCAUAGAACUUUUGACUCGGGAGCUCAGACAGGCAUCAGAACUGCCACUCUUUUUAGAAGCAUCCGGUCAGAUGUCUUUUCAGGUCUUGUUCUGAGCUGUAUGGACAGGCCCCACAAGGAUCCAUUGCGGCAGAUUAGGAGUCGUGAGGAUUGGUAGAGGAUUCUGACCGUAGGAUUCACAGGCAUCCAUCUUUGCAGCUUCUUGGAAUACAUCAUUCAGUUAGCAUCUUCUUCCUCCAGGGUUCUCUGAGCCUCAUCAGCUCGCCAUCGCUCUCGACUCGGUCAUCUCAUAUUGCAUUCUUUUGGUCCUUGCAGUCAUCCUUCUUGCCAAGAGAUUUCUAUCCCUGUUAUGUCCCCAUUGUUUGUCACGUCCCGUCCUGUGUCACGGGUGUGUGCACGUAUUUGUGCCGGAGCCGCUCUGCCCUGCUGCGUAGCCUGGUGCGAUAGGACAAGUCCCAGGGACUUGAGAUUUGUAAGGCGGGGUGUAGUCAGGCUCUAGAUGGUAUUCCUAGUUUGACACAGGAUGUUUGGAGCUGUGAAGUUUUCCUGCUGCCCUUUGACUUGUCUUAACUUUCUUUCAGAUGCAGCCGGAUAAAAUCCAUGGCAGAGCAUCCCAUCCUGGAUCAGGGGGCUCCCCUGAGCAGGAAGUAAAGCCAGAUAUCAGCAGUCAGGUUGAAGAGGGCAAGUUGAGCAGUGUCCAGUGGAAUGAAGCCUUUGUUAGUGCUCAAGUCUCACUUUCUGGUGCAGCUCUAAGCCUCCAUUUUAGUUUCUGUCCUUUAGGUGUCAUCUGGGUCGCCUUUGGCAACAGCUAUGGAGUUGCGGUGAUUCGGGGAAGCAGGGAGGAGAAGGGAGGGUCCGCUCAGGUUUCAGCAAUGCCACAUCACCUCGUCUCCUCUUAACCCAGGCAUACCCUGCAACGACAGUGUGGCCUCCGAGCGCAGCAAAAGCAUGUGGCCCGAGGAGCUGGGCAUUCUCUGGAGAACGCUGUCUAAGAGACGACGGCCCAGUGACAGCAGGAACUUCCCAGCCAGGGAGGCUGCCUUCCUUCACACCAGACAUGGAUCGGCAUCCCCAGAUGUCUGAGAUAAGUAGAGGGCUGUGACCCAGAGAGGGCAUGAAAGCGGGGUGCUGGGUCGGGACUCACCGGGAGGAGUUUUUGAGUCCGCUUUGGAGACGGGGAUGUGGAAGAAGCGGCCCCUUAGGCCACUGAAUGGGAAAGUGUCACUUUUGAUCACAGUGCUGACAUGCUCAGGGCAGAGCAGUCCCGGUGUGUCUCGUGUCACUUGUCUAUUGUGCGUUCUGUGUGUUUGGGUAUCUCAUGCCUUUUUCCUUAGCCC